AACAUCAACACUACUACUAGGCCUUCCUUCCAAAUCCAAUGUCAUUUUUACACCAAAACAUACUCUCACUUUUGCAAUUUGCCAAUGCAAUGGCCUGAACACUGUCACACCCAUAAACUAAAACCUCAAAUUAAACACAUACAUACACACACACUAUGACACUAACCCUUUCAUCUUCUCUAUAGGCCAAUGUGUCUCUUUUCUUCUUUUCCUCCAUUAUCUUUCCUUGACCAACUAUGAACCAUAAACACAUAACAUAAAAACCAAAAAAAAAAAAUAACAUCUUUCUUCUUUUCAAGAAUAAGAACAAAAGAUGGGUGCUCAGUCAUUCUCCAUUGAUGAUGUUCUUUACUGCCAGGAAAAACACUUGGAAGAUGAUGAUGAUGUUGAUGAUGAUGAUGAUGAUAAUUACUCUUCCUUUGAAGAAAGUAAUUAUGAUAACAUUACUACUUAUAAAAAUGACAUGAUUAAUUUUGUUAAUAAACAUACCCAAGUUCCCAAAUUGUUAUUUUCUGAGCAAGAUUUGUACUGGGAAAAUGAUGAACUACCAACUCUUUUAUCAAAAGAAGAAGACUUUCAUAAAAAUCACAUCUUCAAAACCCUCCAAUCAAACCCAUCUUUAGCUAAAUCUCGUUCAGAAGCUAUUGAUUGGAUGCUCAAAGUUCAUUCUCAUUACUCUUUCUCUUUAAAUACAGCAAUUUUAGCUGUUAAUUACUUUGAUAGGUUUAUGUUUAGCUUCCAAUUACAAAGAGAAAAACAAUGGAUGACCCAACUUGUUUCUGUGGCUUGUUUAUCUAUUGCUGCUAAACUUGAAGAGACCCAUGUUCCACUUCUCCUAGAUUUCCAAGUUGAAGAUAGCAAGUAUGUUUUUGAGGCUAAAACGAUUCAAAGAAUGGAGAUUUUGGUGCUUUCUACUCUUCAAUGGAAGAUGAAUCCAGUUACUUCAUUUUCUUUUCUGGAUUAUAUUAUAAGGAGGAUUUCUUUAAAGGGUUAUCUUUGUUGGGAAUUUCUCCGGAGAUGUGAAAAGAUCCUUUUAUGUACUAUUUGGGAUUCAAGGUUUUUGCGUUAUCCUCCUUCUGUAAUGGCUACUGCCACAAUUUUGCAUGUUUUUAAUGGUUUUGAGCCUUGUAUUGGGGAUGAAUACCAUAAUCAAGUAUUGGAUAUUCUUGGAAUUGAUAAGGAAAAGGUUGAUGAAUGUUGUGAGUUAAUCCUUGAAUCAACAGCAGGGGAAAUUGCAUUGCUAUCAAAUAAAAGGAAAUCGGUUCCAGUUCCUGGUAGCCCGAAUGGAGUUAUCGAUGUGUCAUUCGGCUCUGAUAGCUCUAAUGAUUCCUGGGCAGUUGCUUCUGAGCCUUGCUUACCAGACCCCUCGUCUAAGAAGAUGAGGAUGGCUGGUGGUGAGCAUCCAGAAAGGUUCAAUCUUCCAUCUGUCGACUUUUUAAACGUUCCUCACUAGUUCUCUAUUACUUUCUUAUUGACGCUCGUCUAGCAUUUGCAAUAAAUCUAUAUGCUCUUUGAUGGGCUAAUGUUAGAUUGCCUCCCAUCUCUGCAUUUCCCUCUCUUUCCAAUCAUGAUCAUUCCUCUAUGGCAAUGUGUUUUGACGAUUGGAAGCAGAGAUAGGUGGCAUUUUAUCCGGAAGUAGAGGGAUUUUGAACAUAGCUUUGAAGAAUGUUUAAGCAAUAUAUUCUUCCUCAAUUUUCUUAUAUGUAUUGUGGACAUAGAAUAUAUAGUUCAUAUAAGUAAACUCACAAGAUAUAUUAGUUAUGUCUGUGUUUGAUUGUCAUGUAUAUGUCCGAAGCUUUGCAUAUCUAGGAUCAUGAAUAUGCAGCUUGUGAUUUUAGUAUAUGAUGUUCUUUCCA